CUGCAGGUGUGUCAGGUGGCUGCUUACAGUCUUGGCCACGGCUUGACUGUUGAUCAGAUCUCAAUCAGACCAGCAACGACUUUUAUGAACCCGAACGGUACGAAAUGAAAGGGAGAACACUCUCUUAUAUUCUCUUAUAUAUUUGCCAGAAUGUAACCUCAAAGAACAGUCUAUGCCAGUGUUGGUUGCGACGGUAACAAUACAACUACGUAUUGAUAAAGAUACAACCACACACGUCAAAAUUUCACAUCUUGUAGCAAGUCUGCCAACAAGCCGGCAACAAGUUAUGUUCGCACUGCUUGUCCCCAGUUGUCAACAAGUUUGGAACAAGCUGUUGACAACUUAUAACAAGCUUGAUGGCAUUGUCAGACUUAAGUUCUUUGUAUAUGUUUGCAUGGCGAUAAAAUAUAAUAGUUUUGUUUGUGGAAACACCACGUAAAUUUAUUACUGCAAAGGUUUCGAUCCGUAAGCCCGGAUCUUCAUCAGUGCUAAUAAUCAGCACUAUUAUUAGCACUGAUGAAGGUCCGGGCUUAUGGAUCGAAAGCUUUGCAGUAAUAAAUUUACGUGGUGUUUCCACAAACAAAACUAUUAUUAUUAUCAGACUUGUGCAAGGUUGUUCCAACAAUUCCGAUACAGUCAUGGUAUAACAAUAUUGUUCCAUUCCUGUAGGUGCAGCAACGUGGUCAAGCGUAACAAGUGAACUUUGUUGUGAGGUAUUGGAAUUCCUGGUUAUAACCUUGUCGUUACGAUGGCUGAUGUAAUAGUGUCUAAUAAAUGUAUACAUUUGUCCUUACGCAAUUCCAUUUCUCGCACAGAUUUUCGUGUUAAAACGUUUGGUAUUUUUUACGAUGUACAGAAAACAUUACGCACAUCUAAUUAUAUUUGUCUUCUAUUUUGUUUUUAGGCAGUUCUGAAUUGCUGUACUGCUCUUAAAGAGAGGAUAGAUACAGUUGCAAAAGACAUGCCCAGCGCAACAUGGGUUGAAAUUAUCGAGAAGUGUUAUUCAUUGGGUGUUGAUUUGUCCGCGAAAUACAUGUAGGUAUUAGACCAACCAGGGAAGAUCUUCUAUGGAGAACAGUUUAGAAGUUAGAACCAAUAGAGCUAUCCAGUGUAAAUAAAGUUAGUUUAGUUCAGGUUUCCUCCUGUAGUAACACUGGAUCAAUAAGAGAUUAUCCUUACUGAACCUCUAGGGAGAAGAGUUUAGAACUAAUAGAGCUAUCCAGUAUAAAUAAAGUUUUAGUUUAGUUUAGGUUUCCUCCUGUGGUAACACUGGAUCAAUAAGAGAUAAUCUUUACUGGACUUCUAGGAAGAACAGUUUAGAACUGAUAGAGCUAUUCAGUAUAAACAAAGUUAGUUUAGGGACCGGUCAUAAAGUAACUCCUAGGGUGGGCUGGAGUGAUUUAGGAUGGGCCAUGGAAAAUAUUUGGGCAGUUUCGAUGGGCCGCCAAUUUUUUUGUUUGUCCACGGUUGGGCCACCAAAAAAACCCCAUGCAUGUCUACUUCAAAAAAUAAAUAUAUUAAUAAUAAAAGUAAACAAAACUAUCCAAAUUAUCAAAUGCAAAUGAUGCUAUUGAAGCCAAUACUUUGUUUAUACAACAACAAGAAGUGGUCGAAUCACAGCAAAUACAACCAACUGGAGAGCAGCUCAGUAUCGUAAUUGGUGAUGAAUGUGUUGGUCAAGCUUGGUGGAAUUAUGUGUGUCAAUACAGUGCCGGUGUACAGUAUAUUUACAAUGUUCAUACCUGCAAGUUUUUUUUAUUAUAAAAGUGUAUUUUCCCAAUUUAAAUUGGGUGAGUCAUGAAAAAUGUUUUGUAAGAUUAGAUGGGCUUUGAAAUUUUUAUCUACAUCCUAAGAUGGGUCACCAAACUUAUUGGCAAAAUUUGUGAUUUACCUCCAGCCCACUCUAGCAGUUACUUUAUGACCAGUCCCUUAGAUUAGGUUUAGAAUUGAUAGAGCUAUCCAGUAUAAAUGAAGUUAGUUUAGUUUAGGUUUCCUCCUGUAGUAACACUAGAUCAAUAAGAGAUGAUCCUUACUGGACCUCUAGGAAGAACAGUUUAGAACUGAUAGAGCUAUCCAGUAUAAAUAAAGUUAGUUUACAAACUAAAUUUGUCAUGUCCCCACAGGGUGUAUCCUCAAAACAGUCACGAGUUCAACUACAACACAUAUGGCAGCACAUGCACUGAAGCGGAGAUAGAUGUUCUCACAGGAGAGGCAGAGAUACUGAGGGCAGAUAUUCUGUACGACUGUGGCAGAAGGUAAGCCAGUUUUGUUCCAUUCUACCGGUAUGCUUAUAUUAUCACAACAGUCGUAACUUAGGGCACUCGGACACUACAUAAAUUAUACAUAAAUUAUACAAUUAACCAAUUGCGUGUUCAGUUUAGUCUGCCCGGAAAAGUAAGGCAAACUUUUGCUAUCUCAUUCAAUUUUUAUCUAAAUUGAACUAAAAUUUAAUCAAUUUGUCCUUGUGAUGUUUCUACAGUAUUAGCCCCAGGUUGGUUUACAUACCUAAAUAUUGCUCUUUUAAUAUAUUGAGCUUGUAGGGAUAGGGUAGGGUAGGGAUACAACUACCUGAAAAAAAGAUAAGGAGAAAUUUGAUGUUUUGAGCGAAGGUCCUUCGUCUGAAAGUAGGCAGAGACAGUUACUGACAAAGCCUCUGAAUUUUUUGCAUAUUUUGUAUUGGUUUUAUUGUGUAGCAUGAAUCCUGAAAUCGAUGUUGGUCAGGUUGAAGGAGCUUUCAUUAUGGGGCUGGGUUACUGGUUGACUGAGCAGGCAAUCUAUGAUCCAACCACUGGCCUUCAACUCAAUACUGGAACAUGGGUAUGUAAUACACGCGGAAAAAUCUCACAUCUUGUGUAGCCAGGCCUUAAAAUAUCUUUUACAAGGGCCGUCUGACAAAAUGUCUGGUGACGUUGAGUUUGGGUCGGACAUAUGUCCGAUGACCUUCAGUUCAGUUUUGACUCGGAAAUAAGUCUGAAUGACACAAAUUAAUAAACGGUAAAUGUUGUAAAGAUAUUAAAUAAUUUGUUUCUUUCAUACUUAUUUCCUAGCCAAAAUUAACUUGCUUGCCAGAACAGCAGUGUUAAAAAAGACUUCGACAACUUAAGCCCGUUUUCCACUUCACCAUUUCGCUCGCCGCCCCGCGCUCGACUACGUUAAAACAACAUUUCCAGUACACCUUUUAUACAAUAGUACUCUUGAUUUUCCAUUUAACAUACAAGCCUCUAGUCCUAGGCUAGGGUACAUUUUGAUUUACGUCGGACAAAGGCAAAGCUACAGUUCGGUCGGACACCAAUACACUCGGGUCGGACAAACAAUAAACCUCAGUUUCAUUUUGGUCGGACAGAAUGUCCGGUGGUUUUCUCUCUACGUCGGACAAUUUCACGAAUGGGUCGGACAAUGUCCGUGACCGACCGAUAUUUUAAGGCCUGACUUGUAGCAAGUCUGCCAACAAGCCUUCAAUAAGUUGUGUUCGCACUGCUUGUCACAAGUUGUCAACAAGUUUGGAACAGGCUGUUAACAACUUGUAACAAUGCAAUUUUGAUGGCAUUGUCAGACUUGUUGCAAGGUUGUUCCAACAAGUCCGAUACAGUCAUGAUAUAACAAUAUUGUUACUACCUUGUGUCGUCAACCUUGUAACAUUCUUGUUAUAUCAUGACUGUAUCGGACUUGUUAGAACAACUUUGUAUCAAAUCCAAUAAUGCAAUCAAGGUUGUUACAAGUUGUUAACAGCUUGUUCCAAACUUGUUACAACACAAGUAACAAGUUCGGUUUGUUACUGUAAGUUGUCAACAAAGUUGUUGUCAAGCCGAUAUCCGGAUGUGUUCUCACUGCUUGUUCCCAGUUGUUGUGACAAGUCUGGAACAAGUUGUUAUCACCUUGUUACAAGGUUGAUGACGGUAACAGACUUGCUACAAGUUGUUCCAGCAAGACUAAUACAGGCUGUUCGUAACAAGUUGCUACGAGCUUGUUGUCAUCAACUUGUUAACAACUUGUUACGUGCAGACGAUAUUAGACUUAUUAGAACAACUUGUUGCCAGUCAGAUAAUGGCCUCAUCAACCUUGUUACAAGAUGAUUACAACUUGUUCCAGACUUGUCAACAACUUGGAAUAAGCAGUGCGAACACAUCUUGUUAUAAUAUAACUUAUAGUUCGUAUCCUAUAUUGUUUGUUUGUUUGUUGUUUAGGACUAUCACCCCCCAUUUUCCAAGGAUAUUCCUAUAGAUUUCCGGGUGUCGCUCCUCAAAGACGCGCCAAACCCGCUGGGAGUUCUUCGCUCCAAAGGUGAAUAAUUAACUUGAUUAAUAUUCAAAAGACACAAUAUUUUUAUAUUUUAGAGCGGCCGCUCUCUUCGCUUAUUUUAGUGUGUCUAGAUGGCCAAAACUUUAGCUAAAGUUUAAAAAUGAAUAACGAAUGAUCAAAUAAACUGUAUUUAAAUUAAGCAGUCGAAAGCAGUCGUGGAUUGUGUCUGAACUACGGUAAAUACUUUCAUUCGAGCAAAGUCAUCGUAGGGCCGUCGUUCAAAAUUUCAAAAUGCUUGUAAUAUUUUGAGGUAGUUUAGACACAAACCACGGCAGUAGCACACGUUUGAGAUAUCAAAAUUAAGCCUGCUAAUCUUUCUGUGUUGAACUAAAUAUUUAAAUUUCCCGCCUUGUCAGCCAAACACGUCAACAUCAACCUGGCUGAACAUGUAUGGUAUAAUUUCGCGUUCGUUUACUCGCUAAAGUACAAGAGAAAUAUCAAGUUUUACUCACAUAUUUCGACGCUUUAGGCUGCAUACAUUCGGAAACCAUAACUUGACGCCCUCUGCUUUUCCAAAAGACAUGUUUGUAGCCGUCUUUAAGACCAAAUUUGAGCACGUUUAAGACAAAAUUGAAUAGCACAAGAGCGGUUCUCGCGACCAGCACGAGACAACUUUGGUGGAAGCAGAAUUUCGGAACUAUCCAAUCAAAACCUAGGAAAUUUAAAUAUCGUUCGUAUUUGUGACGUGAUUGGUUGGAUUUUUAAAGUGUGUAUAUUUAAUUUAAUUUAAUUUAAUUUAUGGUCAAUGUUACUUUUGGGUAUAUUUAAGGCCGCGUUUACACUUUCAGUUUUCGCUGCGAUUUCUGUACUUCUGGCGCGAUUUUCUGAUGCAGGUGAACGAGUAGUAAACCUUUGAAUAUACAAGUUCUGGGCAUAUAUUCAAGAACAAACACUCGGCCUCGUGCAAUUUUGAUCGCCUUUGAAAAACUCACUCGUACAUAUUUUUCCAAAUUGUACUCGAAACCAUACUAUUGUAGUCAAUAACCUGAGUGUACCAAUUAUCGGCUGCAUGGUUUGGGUUUUGCAAUGCAUGUACUAAUUCUGGCAAAUUCUCCGUCAUAUUUUACAGCGGUUGGCGAGCCACCUCAAUGCAUGUCGUGUUCAUGUCUCUUCGCUGUCCAAGAUGCCAUCUAUCAUGCCCGAGAAGAAAUUGGAAAAGACAAAGAUUAUUUUGCAUUGGACGGCCCGGCUACCGUCGAGGCGACGCAAUUGAAAUGCUUGGUCGAUCCUUCGCAAUUUGUAUUUUAAUUGGAACAAAACUCGUUAACUUUUGAUCUGAAAUAUACCAAAAAAAGACUCUUAUCCCAUUACCAUCUAGUAUAUAUAUACUGUAGCUAUCAGGGGCGUGUUGUUCAAAAGUAGAUUAGCGCUAACUUUGGGUUAAAAUUUAACCUGCUGUCUUGGUAUGUUCAUUUCAAAACUUUUGGAAAUAAAACUUCUAAUGAUCCAGACAAGAUUUUUGGAACAAUGUUUCCAUGAUUAUAAAAAAAACUAUUGGGAGAAUGCUUUGACGUUUUUCGUUAACCCAGGAUUAAGCGAACAGGUUUUUGAACAACCGACCCUAUAGGGGAAAUGAUCAGAGAUAUUUGUAGUGUCAUUAAUACGUUUUGUAUAUCAAAAUAUAUUUUGUCAAAAACCUUGAAAUUAUUGAAAAUAAAAAUAAAUAUG